CAAUAAAUAUAAAACACUGUUAAAAUUGACUAAAUUAUUAUUUUCAAGAAUGUCAAUAGAGACGAAAGAAACAGACCUUAAAGAAUCAAAUAUCUACAUUGAUUGGUUAGAAAAAUCAAUUGCCGAUGAAUACAUAAACUAUUACGCUUAUUCAGAAUUUAAAAAUCUAAAACCGUUAGGAAGUGGCUUAUAUGGAAGUGUAUCUCGUGCUAAUUGGAAAAAUACUGAUGGAUUUUUCGCUUUAAAAACUUUUAAUAAUGAUAAAAUAACGCUUAAAGAAGUUGUUAAUGAGAUAAAAUUACAGAAAGAAUUAAUUGCUAAUGAAAAUAUUUUACGGUUUUAUGGUAUCACAAAAAUAGAAAAUGAAAAAAAAUAUUCAUUAGUUUUGGAGUAUGCAGAUAGCGGUACACUAAAUAUUUACUUAAAAUUGCAUUUUAAUAAACUUGAUUGGAACGAAAAAUAUCAAUUAUCAUUUCAGCUAGCAAGUGCAAUAUCAUUUUUACAUGAACAUGAUAUUAUUCAUCGUGACUUGCAUGCUGAUAAUGUACUCAUGCAUCAGAAAAAGAUAAAGUUGGCAGACUUUGGAUUAUCAAGAAAAAUUGCUAAAACAUCAAGCAAUAAUGCAUCAAAAGUGUUUGGUUUAAUACCUUUUGUUGACCCAAGAAAGUUAAAUGAUCAAGAUUACGAAUUAAACAAAAAAUCUGAUGUGUAUAGUAUUGGAGUUUUAAUGUGGCAAAUUUCAAGCGGAAAAAAACCAUUUUCUAAUUGUAAUCAUGAUGUAAGUUUAUCCUUGUCCAUAGUAAAUGGUAAACGGGAAGAAAUUAUUGAUAAUACUCCUAUUGAAUAUAGUAAUUUAUAUACAGAAUGCUGGAAAUAUGAGCCAGACGAGCGUCCAAAUAUGCAAAAAGUUGUUUUAUUUCUUAAAUUAAUGCUUCCUGACCAAGAUCUUGAAAUUUAUGAUUAUGAGGAUAGACUAUUACAAGAACUCUUAGAUAUAGUUGAUAAUUCCAGUAUAAAUGAUGAUCCAGAUAUAAAUGAUGAUUCAGAUAUAAAUGAUGAUCCAGAUAUAAAUGAUGGUUUAGACAUAAAUGAUUAUGUACAAAAUAUUCUUGACAGUUUACAAGAUCAAGCAACUAUCCAAUCAGAGAUAAUAGAACCUAAAAAUAAUCAGUCAAAUGUAUCAUUUCUCACAAAUUCAUCGAAGGAUUCACUUGAAUCAACGUUCAACAAUAUUAGUAAUUUAAUCGUUGAUAAAUUAAUUAAAAUUAUUAUUAAAAAACAUGAUAAAGGUUAUACUUUUGAUCAAAUUCAACAGCUAAUUGAUCAAAAAACAUUACGAUUUAAUCAAAUUACAAAUAAUCUUAUUAAUUGGCUUACAAAAAAUCAAGAUAAAUCACCUUAUAUUUGGCUUUUGGGAUUAUUUUAUUAUUAUGGGAUUGGAAUAGAAGAAAAUGACAGUAAAGCAUUCGAAUUAUUUUCAAAAGCAGCAAAAAAUGACUAUCCAAUAGCACAAGUUUAUCUUGCUAAAUGUUAUAAUGAUGGAUAUGGAACUGAAAAGAAUAAUAAUUUAGCAUUCAAUUGGUAUCAAAUAGCUGCAGAAAAUAAUAAUAGUAUUGUUGGACAAUUUUAUUUGGGAUAUUGUUAUGAAUUUAAUAUUGGAACUGAAAGUAGUGAAAAUAAAUUCAUUGAAUGGUAUCAAAAAGCGGCUAAUAAUGGAAAUACAUCUGCAAAAUUUUAUCUUGCAAAUUGUUACAGAUUAGGAAAAGGAACAGAAAAAUAUGAAUCUAAAGCAUUUGAAUAUUACAAAAUAUUAGCUGAAAAAGAAAUCAUAGAUGCUCAAUAUCAACUUGGAAAUUGUUAUUAUUAUGGAGUUGGAAUAGAAAUUGAUAAAGUUCAAGCUUUUAAUUGGUACAAAAAAGCAGCAAAUAAUGGAAGUAUUAUUGCAAAAUGUAUUCUUGAACAAAACUAUAAUAAGAAAACUAACACUAAAAAAAAUAGAAGUAUAGAAAUUAAAAUUCAUAAAAUAAUGUAUUUUGAGGGAUUAAGAAAAAUUGGAAUUAAUAAUUAUAAUGG